AUGUAUCGAUCACUUUAUUUGGACAAAAUUAGAGAUCAACAAACUGAUUAUGCAACAACUACAAAUGCGCAUUUUGAGAGAAGGAGGAGUGAUUUUCUAUCAAUCCAGGUAAACGAGCUUUCUCUCGAAGACCGUAAAUUGCUACACGAAACAUUUAACUUAUUUGAAAAGGACUUAACAACGAAUGGUCUAAGAAUAUUUCUUCAGACGCUCUCGGAAAAUCCGGAUUACAAAUACUUCUGGCCUCAGUUUCGCGCCAUACCGGAUAGCUCAUUAAUAUCAUCCAGUGUUUUGCGAAAUUUUGCGCAUACUUACAUGAACGCUUUAAAAAAAAUCGUUGAAAGUUUAAACAAUGAGCAAAUGCCUUACGAAGUAUUGCAACGAAUCUCAGCCAAGCAUGCUAGGCAUAAUAUACAAAUGCAUCAUAUGCAGAAAAUGAUAAAACCACUGCUGGAAAAUGUGCGCAGGGCAUUAGGACGACAUGAUGAAAAUGCGGAACGAGCAUGGGAGACGUUAUUUCAAACAGUUGGUGCUAUUGUUGAACACUAUAAGACGUCUCAGGUGUGA